UGCCGUUGCACCAACACCCGACAAGCGACCUGGGACCAGCGUGCCGCUCCAGCGAGACUUCCGUCGCUGCCCUAGACAUGACCACCCGUCCUAUGCGCUUAGUAGACUCCUCGUCAAUGUGGGAAUGGGCAGCAUCCCAGCCAGGCUUUGUGGCCGCGCAGUUGGCCCAUCCAUCUUUCCUCACUCCUCUCGAAAGAUGGUACUUUGAAGCAAGGACGAUUGCAUCGCAGUCGUCUUGCUGCUCGUCCAUUUCCCCAGCCAGCACCGAUGACUUGGACAUCGACUGCUUUGACAUGCACUACGCUCAGAACCUGUCCGCUGUCGACAAGCACGCGCAAAGAGCUAUCUAUGGACGACACAGGAAUCGAUCGGCACCCGUCGACGAGUGUUUUUGGUUCAAAACGAUGUGCAAGGGCCAAGUGCGGCACGUGUCUUGCAGCCGAUCGAGCGAUGAAACGUUAGUGGCAAGCGACAUCCGCCUGGACCCAAGCAAGUGCAACGACAUUGCCACCUUGCUCCACGGUCCGUUCAGUGCGCUGCUCGUGCAUAUUUGGAAACCAGAGAGCCAUCGCGGCACGACGCAGACGACACAAUAAGUCCAUUUUUCAGUUGGUUCAUUAC